UAAUGUAGUGUUCUUGCACAAUCACACUCACACAGUCUGUGUGCAUCUAUUUCAUCAUGCAAUAUUCUGCUACCAUGUGAACACUGCCCACCAGUUUUUCAGCAUUGGCAGACAGUGUCAGACAGUAUCAGACAGUGACAUUGUAUUAAGAGAUGUGUUGAGCUGUUCUCAUUAAUGUUCUCCAUCCUACUGGGUACUCAUCACAACAUCAAAGAAAUAUGGAUCAGGUUGACUUCAAAAAGAAUGCGUCAUCCCCAAUAACAGCAGAAUCCAUCUUAGACAAGAUAAGUCAAGAUUAUCUUAAGUGUAUCAUCUGUCUAAAUACAUUUACAGAACCAACAUUCCUUGACUGUCAUCACACAUUCUGUCAAUCAUGUCUGAAUGAUUUAAGACAAAGUGAGUCUCAUAGCAGUCAGAGCGGAAUCAAUUGUCCAAGUUGUAGGAAACAAACGCCCCUGAGUGGUAGAGGUUUGUCUGGCCUAAAGCAGAACUUCAUUCUGAAGUCCCUUGCAGAUGACGUGACUCAACAGCAGAAACUCCUGCGAGUUCAACAAGGGGCACUUGUUUGUGGUCAAUGUAACGAUGAAUGCGAUACAGUCAUUCAAUGUAGUGAUUGUUCUAUGACAUUCUGUCAGGAUUGUUGGUUUGAUCAAGAAUCAUCACAUGGUGAUCAUGAGAUUGGUACUUUGACAUCCAAUGAGAAAGCACCAAAAUGCCCUAAGCAUAAAGAGUUAGACUACUGCAUCUACUGUCAAUCAUGUCAAGUUCUUCUAUGUGCUAUGUGUGCAGCAACUACUCAUAGAAGCAUGGACCAUGAACACAUUGACAUUGAUCAAGCAAUAAGCGAUCUGAAAGAAGAGCUUAGGGAACUCAUCUCGAAGGCAGACAUCCGAGUAGAAGAUUUCAUCCGAGAAAGGAGUCUCCUUGAGUAUGAAAUGGAAGAAUUAAAUGCUAAGAUUGAACAUCAGAUGACACAUAUCAAGUCUAAUUAUGAUGAUCCCAAACAACGUCUUCAAACGUUGUCCGAGUUCCAGCAUAAAAAAAAAAUAUACUUUUUUGAAAAACUCAACAAAAUAAGUGCCAAGGUUGAAUGGGCUACUCACAUAUUAGACAAAAUCAAAGACCAAAUGAAAGAGCCAAGCAAGUAUAAACUAAUUCAAAUGAGUGAGGUGUUGGAAGUUCGAAUCAAUGAUAUUAUUCACAAAGAAUUUCAAGAAUAGUUAAUCCAUCUAUACACUCUAAUCAGUACUUGUCUAAACGUAGGCUUCAGUUUCUCAAACUGAUAAAACAACCAUACAUACUGAAAACUACAAAUGUAUUUGGGUGUAUUAUUUGGUUUAAAAAUCAUAAAAGUGUACAAAUUCUUUAGAGACACGUUGUACAAUAAUACAGAUUCAAUAAGUCCUUAUUUCUGAAGAGGUUUUCAGUUUAGAGGGGGAAAAUUCCAGAUUUUUACCAAAAAAGGUGAUUGCCAUCAAAAAGGGGGAAAUGCUAGUAACGUCUGAGUAUAAUUAAAACAUGUACAUAGUUUCACAAUGUAUGUUUCAGUUAUAAAUGCUUGAACACAAUUAACAGUAACUUGAAGUCAGCAACAUACUUGGUAGAAAAAUACUUUGGUUUUAACUGUAUUUUUUGAAGACUUUUAUUUAAUCCUUUGUCCUGUUAGAUAGAUCAAAACCAACCAAGACUGAAUUUUCUAUUACAUCUCAAGCAACAACUUUGUAUUUAGCAUUUUGUAGUUAAAUAUGCUAAUCUGUAUUGUUGGUUUUAGCUUAGUCUUUGGCUUGAUCCGUUUAUAAAUGUUUGUAGUGUAUUGCUGUAAAUUUUGCACUAAACUGAUGUUAGGCCUCCUUCCUACUUACGUGUAUAAAGAGAUACACAAUUUUACUCAAGGCUGAGUUCCUAUUUAAAAUAAUUUGCUGAUGUCAUUUUUUUCUGUAUAUUAUUUGCUUAAGUAAGUUAUUUUAUUCCAUAUUUGCUAACAUAGCCUGUAUUUCUAAUCUUGGUGUAAAGUGCUUAAGAGUCCCUGCCUGUAAGAAUGUACCAAGUGGUGAUUCAUGGGUUCUCAGAUCUUCUUCUAAAAAAUUAGA